UGAAUAACAAAAAUCGAGAUUUGUGAUUUUCAAAAAACUCCAACAAAACAUCUUGCAAAACAUUCAAAAUUCAGUCUUUUUGGAGUGAAAAGUGCAAUUUUGUGGCGGUAUUUUCAUCAGUUCUGACAGUUAUAUCAACGUUUCACAUAAUCUACUGUUGAUUCCGCGAAUAUUUCAUCUCUCAUUCGUAUCUGUGAUAAUAACUAUGGCGUUCUACGAAACUGAUUAUCAACAAAACGCGAAUAAUCCUUCUCAUUUUAUACCCGCCGAAGACUACGAAAACAAUCCAAAUAAUCAAUACCUAAAUCCUAGUUAUUACGGCCAUCAAACCAAUCAACCUCUGUACCCAGCUACGCCCGAAUACGCUUUCAUGGAUGAUAACAAUGUGUACAAAAAAGCAGACUUCAACGACGAAGAAUUCGAGCCCCCGUUACUGGAAGAGUUAGAAAUAGAUUUAUUCGUAAUAAGAAAACGAUUAAUCGCUAUUUUGGAUCCAUUCCAUUCCGGAGUAGUUAUGGGAUCUUAUGAUCUGGCCGGACCUUGUUUCAUUUGCGUUCUGUUCGCAUUCUGUUCUUUCAUUUCCGGAGCUAAUAUCAAUUUCAACCAUGUAUAUUCUUUGUCAGCUUUCAGUUGUUUAUUUAUGUACUUGUUGUUGACUCUGAUGAUAUCGAGCGAAGAAAUCAAAUUAAGUUCGGUUACUUCGAUACUCGGAUACAGCCUAUUACCUUUGGUGUUGUUAUCGAGUGUAGGAUUAUUCAUUAAUUUAUAUUCGUUGGUAGGAAUUAUUUUGAGUACUGUAGCUGUGUUAUGGUGUGCUUUCGCAGCCACCAAAAUGUUCACUAGUAUGGGAAAUACGGUCGAUAAGAAAAUGCUGAUAGCUUAUCCUUGCGUUCUGUGUUACGGUGUAUUUACUCUUUGUUUAAUUUUCAAGUAGAAAUAGAAUAGAUAUUUUAAUUUUUUGCUCGUAUAUAUUCAUUUUUUAUACCGAAUUAAAGUCAAUUUUUUUUCAUCAA